AGUCCUUGCGAGAGAAAAACAGCGUGUAUACAGUGUGGACAGGCUCUCGUUUGGUUUACACUUUUUGGACACGGUGGGAGCUGAGGGACGCACUUGACGCUUGGAUCGGAAGGCUACUGGUUUUACACUGCGGAGAAUAGCCAGCAGCAUGUCUGGAUUCGCGACUGGAUGGAUAACGGUUGUGCUUGAAAGGGAGAACUCCUCCAACUAGUAGUUUUUUCUUCUUCCGGGAGAUCCACUUUUUGGGUGGUGUGAUGGUGUGCCAAAGGUGUACCACACCAACGCGUUAAUCUCCAUCUGCAAAUUCAACAUGACGCUUUUGGAUAGGUGAUAGCCCAGAUAAUGGGCGGGAGGGAGAAUGUGUUCAAAAUAGCAAAACCAAGGAGUCCUGCGGACCACAGAUGAGAGAGAAGAGAGCAAGACGGUUUGAUUGUAAGGCGAGGAAAAGGUUUAAUUCUGGUUUUAAAAAAAGGUGGAGAACGUGGCGCCGGAAACACCGGGCUGCAACUCUCUUGAUAGAAGACUCUACCUGGGGUGCAACACGCGAUAAGACUACAUGUUUUUUUUGUAACACAUAGAAUACACGUUGGGCGCAGCAAACAAACACAUAAUUCCGUAGUUAUUUCAUUACUUUAUUCAUGGGCAGUUUUACACAGUCGCCCUGACAGCAUUUUGGAGAAAUAACUUUGGAGAUCCACUCCGACAUAGAAGAAGCAUAUCAUCCCCGGGGAUACCAAAGGAAACCUGAACCUCGCUGAAUGGACCUUUUUUUUAACUUUGAUCGUUUUUACACAUUGAAUCUGAACCCACUUUUUGUUCCACUUGAAGACCGCUCUCCACCGACGCUGAUCUGAUGUUAAUGAACAUGAACAUAACCACGUGGUCACAAACUUGACAUUUUGACCGAUUUGUUUUUCUUGAUUCCUCUAUUCUCCUUCCCCCCACCCCUUUCCCCUUAAAAUUGUAAUUCUGAAUCCAGAAGUGGCUCCGAAGUGGUGUUGCGGCUCCUCGCCCGCAGCGGAUCCGGAGCUGGGAGUGUCUGCAGCGGGAGGAGCUGGCGGAGGACCCCCUGCAUCACCGCAGGGACCAAAGACCGGUCAGGUGAAAAGGAUGGUUCGAUUGGCGGCAGAACUCUUGUUGCUUUUAGGACUUCUACUUCUUACCUUACAUAUCACCGUGUUACGGAGCAGCCCGUUGCACCAAGGGAAUUUGACUUUGAGCCAGGAUCAGCUGGAUACGCUGCUCGCAGAGAAUAAUGUCAGAGAAGAGAGCAGUUCAUCAGCCCACCAGGGCCCAGGGGAGCGGAGAGGACCAGAGCACCGGUCAGCCCAGAGGCCUGCUGCCCUCCCUUGGGCCCAGAGUCAGGCUACCGGAGGCAGCCUGCAGAAAGACGGGCCGGGGGCCUUCCUCCUGGACCUCAGCAACUUCCCUGACCUCUCCAAGGCUGAUAUAAACAGACAGAACCCCAACAUACAGGUGACCAUAGAGGUGGUGGACGGUCUAGAGGCAGCAGAGCCUGAGAAAGGCCUGAAGAAAGAGAACAAACCAGGAUGGGCUGCUCCCAACUGGAGAAACUGGUGGAAAUCCUCCUCCACCUCCUCCUCGGUCUCGACCCCCCGCAGGCCCGAGGAGCAGGCGCCCUACAGGGGAGAAGGUGAAGGACGAGGGGGAGGUAAAGGAGGUGUUGGUGACACAGAGGAUAGUAACUUCCUAAAGCCACUUGGGGACUGGGAGAGGAGAGGAGGAGGAGGAGCAGGAGGAGGAGGAGGAGGAGCAGGAGGAGGAGGAGGAGGCACAGGAGGAGGAGCAGGAGGAGGAGGAGGAGGCACCAGCAAGGCUCAGACUGAAUAUGACUAUAUAGAUGGAGAGGGUGACUGGAGUAACUGGUCUCCAUGCAGUGUAACCUGUAAGAACGGGAACCAGAAGAGGACCAGGUCAUGUGGUUAUGCCUGCACUGCCACUGAGUCACGCACCUGUGACAUGCCAUCCUGCCCAGGUAUCGAAGAUGCUUUCAAGACAGCCGCCACUGAGGUCAGUCUGCUGGCUGGAACCGAUGAGUUCAACGCUACAGAGCUCUUUGGUGUCGACACAGACAGCUGUGAACGCUGGAUGAACUGUAAGUCUGAGUUCCUGAGGAAAUACAUGACCAAAGUGUCCAACGACCUCCCCAGCUGCCCCUGCUCCUACCCCACCGAGGUGGCCUACAGCACGGCCGACGUCCCCGACCCCGCCACACGCCGGGCCUUCCGCUGGAAAGACGCCAGCGGCCCCAAGGAGAAACUAGAGAUCUACAAACCCACGGCCCGGUGCUGCAUCCGCUCCAUGUUAACUCUAGAGUCCACUACCCUGGCCGCACAGCACUGCUGCUACAAUGACAACAUGAAGCUCAUCACCCGGGGUAAAGGAGCAGGAACACCCAACCUCAUCAGCAACGAGUUCUCUGCUGACCUCCACUACAAGGUCGACGUCCUGCCCUGGAUCAUCUGUAAGGGGGACUGGAGUCGCUAUAACCAGGUCAGGCCUCCUAACAACGGGCAGAAGUGUCCAGACAACCCCCUGGAUGAGGAUUAUCACAAACAGGUGGAGGACGCUCAAGAGUUUUAGAACUGGAGAGAUGAACAUGAGAAAGAGAGAGAGAAAAAAAAACGAAAACGAUCUGAGAAAUGUUUAUGAAUCUGGUACUUCAAUUGGUGCUUCAAACCAUCCAUGAGUGUUUUUAGACAUUGGAACUCGGUGCCAUGUGAACAGGACUGUUGACUGUUGUGACAACGAUGAGACCGAGGUAAACAGGACUGUCUGUUGAUCAGCCAACGUGAUGAAGAGACAGCUAGGUGCCAUAUGAACAGGACUGUCUGUUGAUCAGCCAACGUGAUGAAGACGAUGAACUGUUCUUGUCUUCAUCAUAAUCACAGUCUAUAAGUCAUGUCAGGUCUUUGUUUCUAUGACAUCAAAUCAAAUUAUAUUCAAAGUCAAACUGUAUGAUGGAUUUUUGACAAAUAUUUUUUCUGAUAAUAAUUCUAUAAAUGUUUGGUUUAAAAGGGAUAGCUUGGUGUAGCUUCAUAAAAAGGGAAAAUUACUUUUCAUGUUUUAGAUUAGUUUUGUAAGUUUUUAGUUUGUUUCUGAUUGGCCAGAAGGAGAGCACAGGGAUUCUUAAUGGGCUGAAUGAUCAGAUCCAAAUCUCCAUGUUUUGAGUCACACCCUCCUGACCUAUCAGAAUAGAGAGAGAGAGAUCCCUGACCUAUCAGAAUAGAGAGCGAGAGAUCCCUGACCUAUCAGAAGAGAGAGAGAGAGAUCCCUGACCUAUCAGAAUAGAGAGCG